GCUCGGGACGGGGAGGGGACACAGCUGAGAUGGGGGGGGCCGUGCUCGGGAGCCUCGUGCUGCUCGUGGCUGCGGCCGGAGCCGUCCUGCGCAUCCCCUUGGAGAGGGGGCCAUGGGUGCCCCCCAAGUUCUGGGGGGACUCUGGGGGCCCCCGAGCCCGCAGUAGGGCGGGGGGAGCAGCAGCACCCACGAGGCUCCGCAACUACAUGGAUGCUCAGUUCUACGGGUCGAUCGCUCUGGGAACGCCCCCUCAGCGCUUCGACGUCGUGUUCGACACGGGCUCCGCGGACCUCUGGGUGCCCUCGUCGCGCUGCUGCUGGAUCUACCUCGCCUGCUGGCUGCACCGCCGGUACCGUUCCACCCUGUCCCUCACCCACCGCCCCAACGGCACCAGGUUCGCCAUCAGCUACGGCAGCGGCAGCCUGAGCGGCUUCCUCAGCGUGGACAUCCUCAGGGUGUCCAACGUGUCGGUGCCGGCGCAGAUCUUCGCGGAGGCGGUGGAGCUGCCGGGCUUCGCCUUCGCCGCCGCGCGCUUCGAUGGCGUCCUGGGGUUGGCGUUCCCCGACGUCGCCGCCGGCCCCGCGCGCCCCGUCUUUGACUCCAUGAUGGAUCAAGGGCUCUUCACCAACAACGUCUUCUCCUUCCACCUGCGCAGCGGGGCGUCGGAGGGCGAUGGGGGGCAGCUGAUUUUCGGGGGCAUCGACGAAGAUCUCUUCGAGGGACCUCUGCACUACAUCCCCGUCUCGCGCCGCGGGUACUGGCAGGUGCACGUGGAGAGGCUGUCGGUGGAUGGGGGAGCAUUGGGGUGCCGUGCCCCCACUUUGUGCCGGGGGGGCUGCGAGGCCAUCGUGGACACGGGGACGUCGCUCGUCACCGGCCCCUCAGAGGAGGUGGAGGCACUGCAGCAGAUUUUGGGGGGCACCCACAUGCCGGGGGGGCAGUACCUGUUGGACUGCGCCAACAUCACAACGAUGCCCAACGUCACCUUCGUCAUGGAGGGCCGCGACUUCACCCUCAGCCCUGAGGAGUACGUGCUGCAGGUGGGGCAGGAGAGGUCCCCCACCUGCAUCAGUGGGUUCAUGGCUAUGGAUGUGCCCCCCCCCGCCGGACCCCUCUGGAUUCUCGGGGACGUUUUCCUCACGCGGUUCUUCUCCGUCUUCGACCGCGACCACAACCGCGUGGGUCUGGCGCGCAGCAAGUCCUGACCCCCCCGGGACCCCCCCCAAAUAUUGGGGUCCCCUCAGCCCCCCCCAAAUGCCAGAAUAUGGGGGGGGACACACACCCUGUGCCCUCUUUUUUGGGGGGGGC